AUGGCUGGAGAAAAUGGAAACAGCAUCACAGCCAGGUUGGGCAAAUUCAGGAGGGUGGUGGGACUGACGCUGCUCGCUGUGACCAUCUUCCUGUGGACAGCCACAAACUUUCUCGCAAGCACAAUCUUCGCCGACGACACAUACAGCAAACCCUACCUGGUGACCUACAUCAACACCUCGUUCUUUAUCGUUCCCCUGAUUCCAAUCAUAAUCAACAAGGCAUACCGAAACCCCGAGGAGAUCAAGAGAUGGAAAGAGGAGAUCCUCUCACGGAUAAGCAGUCAGUAUGCGCUACUCAAGCAGGAGGAUGAACACAGCUACCACGACAGUCCAAACUUGACCAGUUCAAGAAGACGUUCAUUAUCGCCAUUCCCCGAUGUUGUACUGGGGGAUGCCAUGGAAAGAAGUCAGGAACUACCCGCAAAGGCCAGCCUUAUUGCAGAGCCAACGGCGACGAGCGCACCGCUCACCAUCUCGGAGACCGCGAUGUUGAGCUUGGAGUUCUGCCUGCUCUGGUUCCUUGCCAACUACUUCGUCGCUGCAUGCCUGCAGUACACCACAGUCGCUUCGUCCACCAUCUUGACGAGCACUAGCAGUGUCUUCACACUUAUAUUUGGGGCCAUAUUCCGCGUGGAGAAGUUCACUUUACGCAAGUGUCUAGGGGUGCUGGCGUCCCUAGCUGGAAUCGUGCUUAUAUCGACCAUUGACCUGUCCGGCAAGACAGGUGACGACGAGCAUCGAGGUGACUUCCCGGAGAAGUCGAUCCGCGAGAUUGCCAUUGGUGAUUGUUUGGCGUUCCUAUCUGCCGUCAUGUAUGGCCUGUACGCCGUGUUCAUGAAGAAACGAAUACCGGACGAAUCGCGGGUCGAGAUGCCUGUCUUCUUCGGACUGGUUGGUAUUAUCAACGUGCUCAUACUGUGGCCUGGCUUUAUCAUCCUUCACGUCACUGGUGUCGAGACAUUCGAGUUGCCACCGAGCGGCUUUGUAACGGCAAUCAUUCUUUGCAAUUCCAUUGGGAGCCUGGUGAGCGACAUUGCCUGGGCCUACGCGGUACUCUUGACCUCUCCCAUUGUGGUCACAGUCGGACUCAGCAUCACCAUCCCAUGUUCGCUCAUUGGACAGAUGAUCCUGAACAAUCAGACGGCAGGACCAUUUUACUGGCUGGGCGCCUGUAUCGUCGUUCUAUCGUUCUUGUUCGUUAACAACGAGGAGAAGAAAGAUGGAGCCGAAGGGACACCGACCACGAGCAAUGAAUAUGAUGCUUUGGAACGGCAGAGCAGCUUAAGGUGA